AUGCAAUUACUAACACUGCUCAUGGUUCUACUGGCCGUGGCCAGCUGCAGCACGUAUAAACUGCAUUUGGAGGCAAAUGUUGGCGAACUGUUUACGUAUAAAAUCGAGCCGCAGCUCUUCAAUUGGACGCACCAGGUGAUUAGCGAACAGUUUCGCUAUCGGCCCUCGCUGCAGCAUUACCCAGAUUUGCCCAGCUGGAUGCGCUAUAUGUAUAGCCACGAAUACCAUGCGGGCUUCCUCUAUGGCACCCCGCCGGGCACCGCAGCUGGCAAAUCCCUUCACCUGGAUCUGGUGGCACUCAAUCGCCAGAACUAUGAGACACGCCAGAUGGUCAUCUCGUUGUUUGUGGCGCAUAAGUUCAUUACGCCCAAUGUGGUGCAAAUGAAAAUCGAUAAUCUCAAUUGGGUGCAUCUCAUGGAUCCGGGUCGCGUGGAGAACUUACGCAACAUCUUUCGCAAGGAUCUCUGGCCGAGCAGCAAAGAGGAUUUGAGUGUGGUUUUCAUGGAGUCGGCGAUCAACAUGGGCGGACGUUUGCCGCUGCGUCCGCAGCAGCGUGAGGGCGUCAUUGUGCACGUUGGCAGCUUUGCCCAGUUCUCGCCACGUCUCAAGGAGCUGCAGGAGGAGGUGCGUCCGCUGUACAAGCUGCCCUCGUGCACCUACAAACGCACCUCCGUCCAAAAGAUAUUCGAAAAUGUCGGCUUCAAGCUGGACUGGUGCGCCUUCAAAAUGGUGGGCAUGGAGUCGCCCACCGAGGUGCUCUAUCACAACAAUCACGCCAGCGGCCGGCCAAAGGAGCAGCUGAAGGAGCACCAUCAACAGCAGCAGCAGCAUCAGCGCAGCGAGGAGGAACGCUGGCUGGGCAUUCCACGCGAGGAUGUGCCCAUGCGCAACUAUAUCGAUGAGUUUGCCUUCGCCUUUGCCAUACCAGGCAUGAUUCUCGCCGUGCUCGUUGGCAUACUCUCGGCUGUGCUCUGCUUUCAGCACCAGAAAUUUUACGAUCCGUAUUCCGAGUUAUUCUUUGAGAAUAUUUUUUACAUAUGCGAAGAGUCCUGCGCCCGAACGCCAAGCGAUUCGGAGGAUGAUAACGACAGCUCCCUGCAUAUAGACUAUCCCAUGUCAUCCACCGUGCAAAUGGUUCAGUGCUCUGAUACAAAGCCCAUGCAGCCGGUGACAACGCUGAAGAGUCUUAAGGAUCCCAAUUUUCUGCUGGACAACACAAGCAUGCGUUCCCAAAGUCCAAACAAUAGCUUGUAUCAGCUGGACACUGGCGGCUCCGGAAUCUAUGCACGGCCCAAGCCGCCACCCUAUAAGGGCGGCACUUUGGGACGCAAUGGCGUGGACAUUUGACAAACAUCGCCGCGAGUGCUCUACUGCUAAAGGCGCUUCAUUUAAAUCAAAAGCAAUACUCAUAAAAUGCAACUGCAAUUAGCCGGCAGCCAGUACCAAGGGGCCGGGCAUAUCGUAACCGCAUCGAAUUAUGCAUAUCUAUCAAUUAUCUAGCGUUAUGCGUAGCAAAUUUAGUUUAAUCUUUAGCUUUGUUGCAAA